GGAGUCGGGGUCAACACACAAGGCAUUGUUCCGACCGGGAGGCAUAGACGACGGAACCAGCCUCGGCUACUACAUGAAGGGUCAGUGUCUGCUGCACGGAGUGAAGCAGGGCAGCGGCAUUCUCUGCAGUUGCUGCAACCAAGUGGUGAGCACUCUUCCUUUCACAUUCACCCCCCUCUCUCCGCAACCCUCCGUUCUCCAUCUCUUCCCAUCGUGCUCUCUCUUCUUCUUUCCCUUGAUAUCGUUUUUUCAUGCGUCAAGAGAUCAGCAGCUCUCAGUUCGAGGCUCAUGCAGGGAAGGGCGGCCAUCGCAACCCGCUCUUCUUCCUUCAAACUCCCUCCACUCCACCUUCCCUUCACCCACUCCCUUCACCCAUCCUCCACCUCUCCUCUGCUCACCCACCCACCAGCUACAACCGCAUAUUCACCGACGACGGCUACAGCUUGCACGAACUCGCAAUCAGGCCCUUCAAUGACACCAGCUACAAUCACAUACUCCCUCACUCUCCCUUCACUCUCCCUUCACUCUCCCUUCACUCUCCCUUCACCCUGCUCCCUCCCGUGCCUCUCCUCACCCACCCACAGCUACAAUCGCAUUUUCACCGACGACGGCCACAGCCUACACGAACUCGCCAUCAGGCUCGCAGCCUCCCGGCCCCCCUGCACCCCUGCCUCGUUUGCUGCUCCUGGUACUGGUGCUACCGGUACUUCUUCUGCUGCAUCUGCUGGACACAGCACUGCGAGGAAGGGCAGCCUCAAGCGCGGAAGAGAAUCCCGAGACUCCCGCGACUCCUGUGAGUCGAGCCCGCGAGUGCAUUUCAGCACAGACGGGAACGCGGGCGGGCAUGCGGACGAGUGCACCAACUGUGGCGAGGGCGGCACGUUGCUGCUCUGUGAGUCCUGCCCAGGCGCCUACCACCCCGGCUGCGUGGGUCUCCCCUCCAUUCCUGAUUCGGACUGGUUCUGCCCCACCUGUAAGCCGUCUACGGCUUUUUCAAGGCAUUUGGCUCCACUCCCCCCGAGCGUGGGGAAGGGGGAGGGCACGCGGGGGAAGGGGCGCGGCCGGGGCGCCUGGGGGAAGGGGAAGCGGAAGGGGGAGGCGGCUGGAGGGGAGGCGGCGGUUGGGGAGGUGGUGGAGGAGGAAGGGGCAGGAAAGGGUGCGGAGGGGUUGGGGGAGGUGGAUGUAGAUGUGGAGCGGUGCAGACGGUUGGUGAAGGAGUUGGAAAGCGCAGGGGGAGGGUGCGUGCUGUGCCAUUCUGGCUCACACGACUUUGUCCCAUCAGGGUUUGGCCCUCGGACGAUCAUAUUCUGUGAUCAGUGCGAGAAGGAGUAUCACGUGGGGUGUUUGAAGGAGCAUGGGGUUCAGGUGCUGGACAGGUUGCCCGAGGGGAACUGGUUCUGCUGUGCGGCGUGUGAAGAGGUGUUCAAUGCGGUGCAGAUGGUUCUGGAGCGGGGAAGCAUGCAUUUGCCGGAUCUGCCGGAUUGGGAGGAGAUGGAAGAGGCUCACCUGCUGGAACCGCAGCCAAUGCAGCGCGCUUCUGGUGCUGCUGGUGCUGGUGCUGGUGCUGUUGCUGGUGCUGUUGUUGGUGCUGCUGCUUCUCCUUCUGUUGGUGGUGCGGCUGCUGAUGAUGAUGCUGCUUUGCCAGCAGCAGCAGGAUUGGGGCAGCAGCAGGGACAGAAGAAUACGAGCGCCAGUACUGGUGGCUGCACCAGCCCCGCCCCCCACUGCUCAACUCCGCCGCUGCCUCCGCCUCUGCCUCCUCCUGCCACGCUUCUCAACACGCCUCAGCAGCAUAGCACCUCCUCCCAGCUUCGGGCGGCAACCUUUGACCUGACGCCGAAUGCGUCGCAGGGCCGAGCGGCACAGGGCAGGGCGCGGGGCGGCGAGCUGACGUGGCAGGUGCUCAAGGGGCGGCGGGGGUUGGAGGCGAACGGGCUGACGCUGGGCGGCGUGUGUCAGCUGUUUGCGGAGUCAUUUGAUCCGAUCAAGGAUGCAUUCACGGGGAAAGAUCUGAUUCCCCUCAUGGUUCGCAGUCGCAGCAGCAGGGAGCACGAGUUUCAGGGCAUGCUGUGCUGUGUGUUGAAGCAGCGCGACCGCGUGGUGUGUGCAGCCUGCAUCCGCAUCUUCGGCCGCCAGCUCGCUGAGAUGCCCCUCGUCGCCACCGCCUACUCGCACCGCCGCCGGGGUUUGUGCAAGGUAUUGCUGAACGCACUGGACGUGCUCUUUUCCCUGCUCGGAGUGAGCAAGUUCUGCCUGCCAGCAGCGCCGGGAGCGGAGGGCACGUGGAUCAAGGGAUUCGGCUUCUCUGUUAUGAGUACAGAGGAAGUUACUCAGGUGCAUCGGGACUUCCCGCUCCUCGUCUUCCCCGGGUCUGUCAGCGUGGUUCGGCGCGUCCCGAGCCUGCCCCGGGCCUACCGCAAGGCUGCCGAGCUUCAGGUGUUUGGUGCGGUUGGGAUGGCGCCGCUGCCGCAGCUGGAUUCCUUCCCCCUGUUAUUGCCACCCUCGAUACAAGACAAGGCAGGGGACACAGCACAAGAGGCGUCACAGGGAGGGAAAGAGGGGCCUGGGGGUGAGCGAGGGGAGGAGGCAGCAGGGGUUACUCGCAGGCAGGGAGAAAACGGAGUGGAUGCAACAGCUUUGGUAUCAGAGCAGGAAGUUACCGCUGAUGAUAGAGGUCUGCUUGCUGUAGUGACGGCUGUAGCGGUUACAGCUGCAGGGGAGGUGAAGCCUGCUACAGCCAGUUUGGUGGUGAUAUCUGGGGCCGGGGAAGCAGAGGGGCUCACAGCUGCGGGUAGGCCAAAGGGUGUGGUGGUGACUGCUGGUGCAGGGGAUGCUGGGGAAGUGACAGCAGCAGAGGAGGACGAGGAGGAGAAGGAAGAAGAGGAGGAAGAGGAAGAGGAUGAGGAUGAGGAUGAAGAUGAGGAUGAGGAUGAGGAGGAGAAAGAUGAUGAGGAAGAGGAGGAGGUGGUGAUAGGGAAAAGUCAAAGGCGUGGUGGGGGUGGGGGUGGGAAGCGUGUGAGGGAGAGAAAUGGUACGGUGGGGAGUCAGCAGCAGGUGCCUCCUCUGUUCAUAGUGGCGGUUGAAGAGAAGAGCUAUGACCCCUCCGUGUGGGAUGUGGGGAGGAGCGAGGAGGAGGAACCGAGAGUUAGUGGUGAGGAGAAGGGAACGAGAGUGGGUGAUGAGGAGGAGGAAAAGAGGGUGAGUGAUGAGAAUGGAAUUAGGGAGAGUGACAAGGAGGAGGAAAAGAGGGUGAGUGGAGAGGAGGGAGGUAGGGGGAGUGAUGGAGAGGAGCAGAAGGGGAUAUGUGACCUGGAAGGGCAAGAGGAAGAGAGGAGGAGAAAGAGGAGACACGUGUCAUUUGCAAGUGACUCGCUGGGACCUGAUGCGAGUGGUGCUGAUGUGGAUGCUGCUGAUGUGGACAGUGCUGACAUGGCAGGUGCUGACGUGGCAGGUGCUGACACGGGAGGUGCUGGCAUGGAUGGUGUCGACAAGGGAGGGAAGAAAGACGCAGUGACCCUUGAUCCUUCCAUCUCUCCUUCCACCUCUGCUGCACGCACACGCCCUCACCACCCUACAACCGACCCCACUCACUCCCACCACUCACCACCCCAUUCGCAACAUACCCAUUCAACCACCCAUCCUUCACUCACUACAAGCACUGCAAGCAUCCCAGUCCCUGCAGUCACUGCCAGCACUCCUCCCAUUGAAACGCCUGUCAGUGUCAGUGACACUCCUCCCAUUGAAACGCCUGUCAGUGUGACUGACAUUCCUCUGAUUGAAGUGCUGCAACCGAGGGCGCGUGAGUAUGGCGAUUACCGCGCCUCCCAGGGCUGGGACCGACACACUCUCCCCGUCUGCCUCGCCCUGCCUGCCCCUCCCCCUCCCCCUGCCGCUGCUGCUUUCCCUGCUGCUGCUGCCAGUGCUGCUGCCGCUGCUGCUGCUGCUGCCACUGCUGCUGCUGUUGUUGGUGCUGUAGCCGGUGCUGGUGCUGCUGGUGAUGAUGUGGAGGAAAAGGAGGAGGAGGCGGAGGAGGAGGAGGAGAAGGAGGAGGAUGAGCAGGAGGAGGAUGAGAAGGAGGAGGAGAAGGUGGAGGAGAAGGUGGAGGAUGAAGAGGAGGCUGAGGAAGAUGAGGAGGAUGCAGAUGAGAAAGAGGAGGUGGAGGGUGGGGAUGGGGAUGAGGAAGAGGAGGUGGAGGAAGAGUUUGAGGAGCUUUUUGAGAUCGAUGGGGAGGACAGAGGAUGGGGCAUGGCUGAUGGAGGAAGGCGAGGGAAGAGAGAAGCUUUUGAGAAUUCUCAAAAACCAGCUGGUGAUAUUGCUGGGGAGGAGGAUAGAGGAUGGGGCAUGUCUGGUGGAGGAAGGCGAGGGAAGAGAGCAGCAAGGGCGAGACGAGACGGUGGCAGGCGCGAUGAUGGUGUGGGGAGGAGCAGGAUGGAAGCUGAAGAGGUGGAGGAGGGGCGUGGAGAGGAGGAGGGGAGUGGUGAUGAGGAGGGGAGUGGAGAGGACGGGAGUGGAGAGGAGGGGAGUGAAGAGGGGGAGUGGGGUGGGAAGGAGGAAGUAAGUAGCAUGAGUGGGGAGGGACGGCGAGGGGAGAGGAAGCAGACCGGGUUGGAUCUUCUAAUGAGGCGAGCAAGUGAGAAGGAUGAGAAGGACGGAGAGAAAGGGGUGGAGGAGGGUGGGAAAGGUUUGAUAAUGGAUAUUGCAGUGGAAGGGGUGAUGGACGGUGUAGUGCGGUUGAGAAGCACAGAGGAGGUGACCAACGCCGCAGUGCGGUGUGGGGAGCGGGCGGGCGGGGGUGCUCGUCGUGCGAGGAGAGGGAGAGGGCGGCACAAGGAGAGAGAGGUUUGUGGCGACGGGGACUGGAAUGGUGGGGACGAGAGUGGGUUUGUGGGGGACAAGGCAAAAUGGGGGAAAUUAGAGGCGAAAGAAUCAGGAGGAGGAUUGAAAGAGGAGGAAGAGGAGGACGAAGAAGGGGAAAAGGAGGAAGAGGAGGAAGAGGAGGAAGAGGAGGAGGAGGAGGAGGAGGAGGAGGAGGAGGAGGAGGAGGAGGAGGAGGAGGAGGAGGAGGAGGAGGAGGAGGAGGAAGAAGAAGAGGAGGAUGAGGAGGAAGAAGAGGAGGAUGAGGGAGUGGAUGGUGACUCAAUUGAUGAAGCAAGCGGUGGCGAAGGAGAGGAGGAGGGGAGUGAGUCUGGGGAGGAAGAAGCAGAGGGGGAAGAGGACUGCUAUUCGCCUGAGGGGAGAAGGCUUGGGAAGGGUGAAGGGCAGGAGAGUGGGGAGAGAGGGGGUGAUGGGGAGGAGAGUGGGGAGAGAGGCGGUGAUGGGGAGGGAGAUGAUGGAUCGGGGAGUGAGAGUGAGGGCAGUGAAAGUGAUGAGGGUGAUGGUAAAGGGGGAGAAGCAGGGGUAGGGAGAGGAGGAGCAGUGGGGGGGAUAGGAGGAGCAGUGGGGGGGAUAGGAGGAGCAGUUGAUGGGUUGGAGAAAGGGAGGGAGAGAGGCCAGGGGGUACGGAAUGGUAGCGGGCUAGGGAGAGGGCGAGGCAGGGGGGUGGCUGUAGGGGGGGUGACUGUGGGAAGAGGGUAUAGGCAGCAGGUUAUGUUCGCCGGGCAGAACGGCAAGUUGGAGCUAAGAACAAAGCCGGAUUGA